GUGGCUUGGCGCGUCUUUUUAGAUUUAGUCAAUUUAGUCUACAUCUAAUUGGAGCUGUGUGCGCCGUGGAUAUGUAUUCGCCGAGGAAGGCGCUGCCAGUCCCAGCAGCAGAGGACUUCGGCUUCCCGUACACACCAUACACCAUACAGGAGCAGCUGAUGCAGCAGCUCUUUUUAGUGCUGGAAUCCAAGCAAAUUGGCAUCUUCGAGAGUCCGACGGGAACGGGCAAGUCGCUGACGCUUACCUGCGGCGCACUCACCUGGCUGCGCCAGCACGAGCAGCUGGUACGCAGCGAACUGGUGCAGCGCAUCGGCCAAGUGGAGGCGCAGCUGCGCCAGCUGCAAGACGCCGGUGAGCAGGCAAGCGAUUGGAUAACAGCCCAGAGCAAAACGCGAAAGCACCGCGAAGAGCUGCAGCAGCUGCAACGUUUGCGUGAUCUCUGGCAGGCGAAGGAGCAGGAGCUGCUGGCCAUCAAGCAGCGAAGUAGCCAGAGGCACCAGCCACGAGCAGCACGGCACGCAGGCGAACAAUUGCUCCAGGCUGAGCCGGAGCUGAACUCGGAUGAGCACACAACAGAUGUGUUGGAGGAGCAGGUGCAGGAGCAGCAGGAGCGUUUUCGUGAUGUGCAGAUAUUCUACUGCAGCCGGACGCACGCACAGCUGGCGCAGAUUGUGGCCGAGCUGCGCAAGACGCCGCAUGGGAAGAGUGUGCGCUGCAUCUCGCUCGGCUCGCGCCACCAGCUGUGCAUCCAUGCCCAGGUGCGCCGCAUUUCCAACGUGGCACUCAUCAACGAACGCUGCCUUGACAUGGCACGUCUCAAGCCCAGCUGCCCCCACAAGGCCCCCAACCAGGUGCAGCGUAUGAGAGAUGCGUCGCUCUCCGAGCUGAUGGACAUUGAGGAGCUGGCGACUCAAGGAGCCGCCUGUGGCGGCUGUCCCUACUACGCAACACGCUCAGCGCUGGCGCAAGCGCAGCUGGUGCUGCUGCCAUAUCCGCUGCUGCUGCAGCGCAGCACACGCCAGCAGCUGGGCAUUGAUCUGCGCGGCGCCGUCAUUAUUGUGGACGAGGCGCACAAUUUGCUGGACACCAUCGCCCAGUUGCACAGCAGCGAACUCAGCCGCGACCAGCUUCAGCUGGCGCGUCAACAAUUGGCCGCCUACAAGGAGCGCUAUGCGCGUCGCCUGAGCAGCGCCAAUUUGUUGCGAAUCAAUCAGCUGAUCUUCGUGGUCCGUCGCUUGCUGCUGGCGCUGGCGCCGCCUCUCGAUGAACCGCGCCUGCUGCACACCUAUCAGCUGUGCGCCGAGGGCGAAUUCUUCAACAUCGAUCUGCAUGCCGUGCUGCAAUUCUGUGCGCGCACACGGUUCGCUCAGAAACUGCAGGGCAUUGGCCAGCAGCAGGAGCGCGAGCCGCAUCCCAACGAGAAUCGACCGCCGCCCACACAGCAGUUGCUCCAGCGCCUGGCCACACAGCAUCAGCAGCAGCUCAGCCAGACUCAGUUGGGUGGCAAACGCAAACAGCAAAUGCAUUUACCAGAAACGGAUGAGGCGAAUCAAAAGGAUGUGAAACUGGAGGAGAAGCCUCUGGCUGUAGCCUCGCCCAUACGUCCACUGCUCGCGUUUCUGGAGACGCUCACCAGCAAUGCCGCCGAUGGACGUGUUCUCCUCAAUCCCAAGGCCGGCACUCUGAAAUAUCUGCUGCUCAAUCCCGCCGAACAUUUCGCCGACAUUAUCAGCGAGGCACGCGCUCUCAUCAUUGCUGGAGGCACAAUGCAGCCCACGCAUGAGCUGACAGCCCAGCUCUUCGCUCACUGCCCGGAACGCGUCGUGGAACGUUUCUACAGUCAUGUGGUGCCGCCGGAUGCGGUGCUGCCAUUUGUCCUGCCCGCUGGACCAACGGGCACCAAGCUCUGCUUCAGCUAUACCCAACGCACAAGCUUCGCCAUGCUGAAUGAGCUGAGGAUGGUGCUGCAGAAUCUAUGCAGCGUAUUGCCGGCGGGUGUGGUUUGCUUUUUGCCCUCGUACGACUAUUUGGAGACAGUGUAUGCGCAUCUGGAGCAGAGUGGCGCAUUGCAAAGGAUUGGCCAGCGCAAGCGUAUCUUUCGCGAAAAGGCUGGGGGUGGCGGCGUCGAGCAGCUGCUACAGCAAUAUGCAGAUGCCAUCAGUCAGAGUGCUGGCCCUGCCGGUGGCGGCGCAUUGCUUCUCAGCGUGGUGGGAGGCAAGCUGUCCGAAGGCCUCAACUUUGCCGAUGACUUGGGGCGCGGCGUCAUCGUUGUGGGCUUACCGUAUCCGAAUCGCACCGCACCCGAACUGAAGGAGCGCAUGCGUCAUUUGGACGACACGCUGGGCUACGCUGCCGGCAAUGAGUAUUACGAGAAUCUCUGCAUGAAGGCGGUCAACCAGUGCAUUGGCCGCUCCGUGCGUCACAUUCGCGACUACGCCUGCGUCUAUCUGCUGGACGAGCGCUAUGCCAGUGAGCGAAUCCAAAAGAAGCUGCCCGCCUGGAUAGCUCGGCACAUUCAUGUGGCCAGCGAUGGAUUUGGAGCGGUUCAAGCGCGCACCGCUCGCUUCUUUAAGGCAAGGAGUUCAACUGAUGCUACAUGCUAAGAAUGAAUCUCACAAAGGAGAAUCUCCGUCUCUCUUAUAUGUAUAUUCUUGAUGAAUUAAGAUAGACAAAUAAAUAAAUUA